CCGGCCAAGGUAUCUAUGACUAAGGUAUACUUGCCCUUCCUCUGUUUAAACGGCAAGUCAUUGCAUCUAAGAUUCUAAGCUAAAUCUAACAUCUAAGGAUGCAUUCUCUUAUUGGACAGUUAAUUUGCAACCAAUAAUUCAUCACUUUUGUAGAGGCACCAAAUCACACUUCAAAGCAGCAGAGGCGGUCGAAUAAUGAGUGAAACCACAACUCCUCCUCCAACCACUAGCGACUUUGGAAUUGGACAAGAACAACUGAUUUCGUUAUCAACAGAGCAAAGUAGUGCUGCUCUCGAGCUCUAUGGAGGGGUUGUAGGGAUAUCGAAUUUGCUGAAUACCAGUUUAGAGAAGGGAAUUCAUGGUGAUGAGGCUGAUUUAUUAAGACGAAGAAGGGCUUUCGGUUCUAACAAUUAUCCUCGAAGGAGAGGAAAAGGUUUUCUGAUAUUUGUAUGGGAAGCUUGCAAAGAUCCUACCUUGCUUAUUUUACUGGUAUCUGCAGCGAUUUUAUUGGCAUUAGGGAUAAAGUCUAAGGGUGUCAAGGAAGGAUGGUACGAUGGGGGAAGCAUAGCUUUUGCUGCUUUUAUUGUCAUUGUAGUUACAGCCAUGAGUGAAUACAGGCAGUAUGUUCAAUUUCACGACACAAAUGAAAAGAAGAGAAAUAUACACCUAGAGGUGAUUAGAGGCGGGAGAAGGAUUAAGAUCUCAAUUUAUGAUAUUGUCGUUGGCGAUGUUAUACCCCUUAAUACUGGUGACCAGGUCCCAGCUGAUGGAAUUCUAAUCACUCCUCACCUUGCAAUUGAUGAAUCAAGCAUUCAUGGGGAGAGCACAGUUGUUCAUAAAAAUUCUAGGGCCCCUUUCUUGAUGUCUGGAUGUAAAGUUGACGAUGGUAGUGGCACUAUGCUGGUAAUAGGUGUUGGCAUUAAUACUGAGUGGGGUUUACAAAUGGCUAUUUCUUCAGAUGACCCAAUUGAAGAAACACCUUUGCAGGCUCGUCUAAAUGGUGUAGCCACCUUGUUUGGUAUUGUUGGUCUCUCUGUCACAGCCGUUAUUCUGACGGUACUGCUGGCCAGAUACUUCACUGGCCAUACCAGAAACUUAGAUGGGAAUGUUCAAUUUAUAGCGGGCAAGACUAGAACUGUUGAUGCUAUACAUGGAGCAGUUAGCAUAGUAACAAUUGCGGUCACCAGUAUAGUGGUUGCAGUACCUGACAGCCUCCCAUUAACAGUCAACUUCGCGUUAGCCUUCUCAUUAAGGAAACUGAUGGCAUCUAAGAUUUUGGUGAGGAAGCUUUUUGCUUGCGAGAUGAUGGGCUCUGCCACAGUUAUUUGUAGUGACAAGAGUGGCACAUUGACUAUGAAUCAGAUGAUUGUGGUUGAGGCAUAUGCUGGUGGUAGAAAAAUUGAUCCUCCUAGCAACGGGUUAAGAAUCUCUCCCAAGCUCCAAUCGUUGCUCAUUGAAGGUGUUGCACAAAACACUAAUGGCAAUGUUUACUUACCUGAGGGUUGCACUGGUAUUGAGAUUUCUGGAUCACCAACAGAAAAGGCAAUUUUACAUUGGGGAGUACAGAUUGGGAUGGAUUUCGAGGCUGCCAGAUCAGAGUCUUCAAUUAUUCACAUGUUUCCUUUCAAUGCAGAGAAAAAACGUGGCGGAGUUGCAAUACAGAAGGCUGACCAUGAAAUCCACAUACAUUGGAAAGGUGCUGCUGAGAUAAUUCUUGCUCGUUGUACAUGGUACUUGGAUACAAAUGACCAUUUGAUGGAGAUGAAUGAAGAGAAGAUGGCAUUUUUCAAUCAAAUUAUUGAAGACAUGGCUGCUAAAAGUCUUCGUUGUGUUGCUAUUGCAUAUCGACCAUGGAAAAAGGAGGACAUUCCAGUCAAUGAAGAACAAUGGGCUCACUCGUCUAUACUAGAAGAUGAUCUUAUUUUGCUUGCUAUUGUUGGUAUAAAGGAUCCUUGUCGACCUGGAAUAAAAACUACAGUGCAGCUUUGCCAAAAUGCUGGGGUUAAGGUGAUAAUGUUCACUGGUGACAACAUCAAUACUGCCAAAGCAAUUGCUUUGGAAUGUGGAAUACUAUCUUCCUUUGAUAAUGCUAUAGAACCAUGUGUCAUUGAGGGAAGAGAAUUCCGUGCCUUAACAGAUGAACAAAGAGAAGAGAUAGCUGAAAAAAUAGUUGUUAUGGGACGUUCAAGUCCUAAUGACAAGUUAUUACUUGUGGAAGCGCUCAGAAAGAGGGGACAUAUUGUUGCUGUAAUUGGGGAUGGAACAAAUGAUGCUCCGGCACUAUAUAAGGCCGAUGUAGGUCUUGCAAUGGGUAUACAGGGCUCACAAAUUGCAAAAGAAAGCUCUGAUAUCAUACUUAUGGAUGACAACUUUGCUUCAAUUUUGAAGGUUGUGAAAUGGGGUCGAUGUAUAUAUGCUAACCUACGGAAAUUUAUCCAAUUUAAUCUUACAAUAAGUGUGACAGCUCUUCUUAUAAAUGUUGUUACUACACUCUCUUCUGGUGAUAUCCCACUAAAUGCUGUGCAGCUUCUGUGGGUAAAUCUUAUCAUGGAUACUCUAGGAGCACUAGCAUUGGCAACUGAACAACCAACGAAUCUCCUGAUGAAUCUACCUCCAGUAGGCCGAAGACUAAGGAUUUUGGAAAAUUCAAAUACUUCCUUGGUAUUAAGGUGGCUCAACCUAAAAAGUGGAGAACCGUUAAUCUCAAAUACUAUGUGGAGGAACAUAUUGAUACAGGUAGUAUAUCAGGUGUCUGUCUUGCUCGCUCUAAACUUUCAAGGUAGCAUUCCGGGUUUCACACAUGAUGCAACUGAUCAUGGGAUUAAAUUGAAGAAAACAUUGAUCUUCGAUGCAUUUGUACUAUGUCAGAUCUUCAAUGAAUUUAAUGCAAGGAAGCUAGAUGAAUUCAACAUAUUUAAAGGAGUCACGAGAAACUACCUCUUUAUGGGAAUAAUAGGCUUGACAGUUGUGCUUCAGUUUAUCAUCGUUGAAUUCCUCGGAAAAUUCACUUCCACAGUCAGGCUUAAUUGGAAGCAGUGGUUCAUCUGUGUCAUUAUUGGCUUUAUUAGUUGGCCUCUUGGUUGUUUUGGGAAAUUGAUACCAGUGCCACACACUCCCAUCAAUAAUAAAUUUAGAAGAAUUCUUCAUGGAAGAACUCAAAUGCAAAGUGGUCAGAGUACAACAGGAGAAAGACCGUACUCAAAACUAGUUAUAUGUUGCUAUUUGAUUGUAAAUUUAUUUUCAAGAUUUCAACGUCGAAGAACAUCAACGCACCAGGUUCUAUACUGUAGUGCAGUCACAUGUUUUGUUUAUUAUCAAGAUUUUCAAAUCAACCGUUAAUAGAGUCCGAUA